AUGACGUCCGCAUCCCCAUAUGGAGACCUCCGUCACCUAUUGCCGAAUAAUUACAAGGCGCUAAUCACGGCUUGGCUCGAGGAGGACACCCCUAACUUUGACUAUGGUGGUUUUGUUGUUGGUGAGUCGGAGGGUGAGGCGAGGUUACUUGGGAAAAGCGAGGGUGUGGUAGCCGGUGUUCCGUUCUUCGAUGAGGUGUUUUCGCAGCUUGGAUGCACGGUGGAAUGGCACAUUAAAGAAGGCCUCUCCCUCAACCCCAACCCAACCCACCACUGCGCGACCGUCCGCGGCCCAAUCCGUAAGAUCCUCCUUGGCGAACGCGUCGCCCUGAACAUCCUCGCCCGCUGCUCUGGCAUCGCAUCCAAAUCUGCCUCUUUGCUCGCCGCUCUCCGCGCGCACGGCUGGGCCGGUACCCUCGCCGGAACCCGCAAGACGACACCGGGUUUCCGGGUUAUUGAAAAGUAUGGUAUUCUGGUUGGAGGAGCGGAUCCGCACCGACACGAUUUGAGCCAUAUGGUUAUGCUCAAGGAUAACCAUGUGUGGGCUUGUGCGAACAACUCCGCUGCGGCGGAUGGGGGCAACAGGGCUGUUGGGGAGGAGUCGAUUGCGGUGGCAAUUCCGAGGGCCGUGCAGGCUGCCAAGAGCGUUGGCGGGUUUGCGACGAAAGUUGAGGUUGAGGUGAGGAAUCUGGAGGAGGCGAAUGCGGCGAUUGAGGCUGGUGCGGAUGUUAUCAUGUUGGAUAACUUUACGGCGGAUGGAGUAAAAGUUGCUGCGAAGCAGUUGAAGGAGGAGUGGGCGGCCAAGGGGAAAAGGAACGCGUUUUUGGUGGAGGUUAGUGGAGGGUUGACGGAGGCGAAUGCGGCUUCGUUUGCUUGUGAGGAUGUUGAUAUUUUGUCGACGAGUUCGAUCCACCAGGGGACACCAACUGUGGACUUUUCGCUGAAGGUUUCGCUGCGGUAG